AUGAAGUCUGCUAGCCCAUGGAGUCUACUUUCCAUAGGGUGGAUCUGGUCAGGGAUGCUUCGACAGCAGUGGAGUUUCUUCACUGUUGAGCUGCAAGCCGAAGAGGGUUUCUUCAAUCAGUUCCUUCUUAUAAGAAGAUCCUGGAGGAUGUCGCUGCCGACCCCUCAAAGAGCUUUCACAACGUCGGGUUAUAGACCCAGUGAUGAUUUUAUCCCGUUGUUAGAUUUUUAUGGUAAUGGGGUUAUUAGAACUAGAUUAGUGCUAGAGGAGUCCGCCAUGGACUUCGUGCCUGAGGAGUCUACCACCAAGUUCGACCAGAAGAACAUACUUGAUGUCACACUUGGUUGGCGUCCUUUGCCAAGGUCAAGCCCUGCGUAAGAGCCUGCCACCAUUUCAAGCAUACACACAUGCUUUGGCAACCGAGUACAGGCCACAAAC